UUCUCCCGUCCCCGAGGUAAUGCUGCUCUGCUGAGAAUACCUGAAGUCACCCUUGGCAUGCCCCUGGGAGGAGCCAGCGCUUUAUAGGUGCAGGGCUGCCCACCCUUAACACACCCUCUGCCUCUUUCCUCCUCCCCAUCCCUGUGGGUUCUGCUAAUGAGGGCCUGUCACUUGGCCCCAGGUCUGAGUCACCCACACCAGUGACAGGUCCCUUCCUUCCCCAACAGUCAUUCCACAAGCCUGUCUUUCAGUCAACUCCCACCUCUGAGUUCCUCACUCCAGACACACAGGAGCUGGAGAGCCGGGCUGCCCACCAGGGCCCAGAGCACUGGGGCUGUGGAGGAAGAGGAGGCAGUGUGGUGACACAGAGCAGGGCUGCCCGGACAGCCCCCAGAGGAAUCUACAGCUCCCUGGUGCCCCAGGGUGUUGGCCGCGCAGCCCAAACCCCAGCCUGCAAGAUGCUGCAAUUACCUCAGAGCCUGAACGCGACUUCCCACCUGACUGAGUCAACUGAAGACAACAAAACAUCUCCACCGCCACACGCAGAGUCACAACAGCCAAGCCACUAAUCACAGUCGGAGCUACCAGCGGAGAGGCCGGUCCCCUGCCCGGGCCAGGGAGAAGCCAGCCGAGCCGGUGAGAAGCCCAGCCCCACGGAAGACAACGCAGCCCUCAUCUACCACAGCUGCCCGAACUCCAGCUCCGCACUCCCAGCUCUCGGCUCUCCUGGACUGCCCUGCACGCCCUCUCAUCAUCCAGGAUGCUCGCCCACGCUUCGUGCUGAGCAGAAACCCGGAGGCCUCUGCUUCUGCCCUCGAGGGCUGCCUGAUUCUCGCUGUUCACUGCUCCAGCGGGGCUCGAUGGUCCCCAGCUGCCGUUGACCAGGCUUCUGAGGUACGAGGCUGGUCUGAGGGCUCCCCACGGCCCUAUGGAGACUUGGCGCAAAGGCUCCUUCCGCAGCCCCUCCUUCUUCAAGCGGCUGAGCCUGGGGCGGCCGCGGAGACUCCGGCGACAGGGCAGCGUGCUCAGUCAGGCCAGCACGGCUGGGGGGGACCAUGAGGAGUACAGCAACAGAGAGGUCAUCCGGGAGCUGCGAGGGAGACCGGAUGGCCGGCGCCUGCCACUGUGGGGGGACGAGCAGCCCCGGGCCACCCUGCUGGCCCCGCCCAAACCGCCGCGUCUCUACCGGGAAAGCUUCAGCUGCCCCAACAUCCUAGAGGCCCCCUCCGCAGAGUACACUGCCGCCUACUCUGCCACCCUGCCCUCCACGCUCUCCGUGGCAGACACCCUCCACCAGUCCUCCGAGGAGGACCUUACGGACACGCCCCCCUUCCAGAGGACACCUGCUCCGGACCUCAGUGAUCCCUUCUUCUCCUUCAAAGUGGACCUGGGGAUUUCACUUCUUGAGGAGGUUCUGCAGAUGCUGAGAGAGCAAUUUCCCAGUGAGCUCAGCUUCUGAAUGGGAGGAGGGUGGGCAGAGGUGGGGUGACUGAAAGAGGUGGGAGCCUGGGGACCCAGAGAAGAGGGGACAGUCGGGGAUUAAGGUAGGGAUAGAAAUCCAGGUCCCUGCCUGCCCCUCCCCAACCCCUGGGGUCCUGAACAGUUCUCUGAAUCACCCCAUGGUGGAGGGACAGAGGUAUAGAGGCAAGCCAGAAAUGUGAGGGGGGUGCCUGCUGGCAGGAGCCCUGAAGACAGCUAGCUAGGCUGGGAAGGGAGGCCACACCUGCAGCCACAGGGGCCACGCAGAGGGACAGCGGCGUAAGGGCAAGUCUCGGAGAGGAGGACACAGACUGGGCUCAAAGAUGGGUGCGCUGUGCCAGCUCCUACAUGUGGCUGUUUAAAGUCACACUAAUUAAAACUAAAUACAAUAAAAAAGUCAUCCCAGUCACACUAGCCACAUUUCAAGUGCUCAGCAGCCACAUAUGACUAAGGGUUACCACACUGAACGGCAAACGGUGAACGUUAACGUCACUGGAGAAAGUUCUGUUGGGCCACACAGGCCUAGACCAUAGCCUGGUGGGGGUAAGGGAAGCAUAUGGGACCUGCCAGGGAAGGGAGAGGCUUGUGGGGUAGGAAGAGUGAGGCUGGGGGAGAUACAGAGAGUAACUCAGGAAAAAGUCCAAAGAAAUCACUAGCAGGAAAGGGGGCGUGAGACUCAAAAUGCCAACACAGCUGCCCGGAGCACUCCCUGGAGCCCAAGGAAGGAACUCGAGGGGAUGUCAGGCACAGACAGCUUCAGAAGAGAGGCUUUGGGGAAUUCUUGGAAAUAUUUGUGAUAGGAGCCCUGGGGAAAUCAACGAAAUAUAGUGCAGUUUUCCCUCCUUCCUGCACCCACGAGAAUAUGGGAGGUCUGAUCAGGGGACGGACACAAAGCUCAAGGCUGUUACAGUGAAGAGGCACAGCUGGUCUCCAGAAUCACCACCAGGACCAAGGAGCUUUGCUCAAGGACUCUGAUGAUGCGGGUUGCAGCGCUGCCCUGACGCCUGGCCAGAAGACCUGGAGCCGGAGCCUGGCUGGCGGCAUGUGGUUCUGGCACACACUACCUCCACGAUGCAAGCCUUAUGGGCUCCCCGUUUCUACUCUGUGUGCACAUGCCGAUCGGAAAGCUUCCCUGGGGGUGCAGAUGAUAAAUA